CGUGUAGAGUGGAACGCGAACUGAAGUGAAUCGUUAGAACUCUGCAAUGAUUUUGCGCAGUGUUAUAAAGAGAGAAGUGCUCUCGUUGCCUUCUGUGUAUAAUUUACAACGGCGUGCUGUAACAGUCCAGAACCUCUGCUUGUCUUCACACAAUGAUGAAGUUCACUUAGCUGAGGAAGCCAGCAAGAAAUAUGGAAGUCCUGCUCCGACCAUAUUUUCCAAAAUAAUUGACAAAUCUAUUCCUGCAGACAUAAUUUAUGAAGAUAGCAAGUGUUUAGCAUUUCGUGACAUCAGUCCCCAGGCUCCUGUGCAUUUCUUGGUUGUUCCCAAAACUCCUAUCCCAAGGAUAAGUGAGGCUCAUGAUGAUGAUGCACCGCUCCUUGGAUACCUCUUGGUAGUAGCAAAAAACCUGGCGAAUAAAGAAGGCUUAAGUGAUGGAUACAGAUUAGUCAUCAAUGAUGGGAAACAUGGUGCUCAGUCUGUGUAUCAUCUGCAUCUUCAUGUACUUGGAGGGCGACAGAUGCAAUGGCCUCCAGGAUAGAUGACCAUAUCAUCUACUAGUGUUAAACCAGGAAGAGAAUAUAUAUAUAUAUAUAUAUAUAUAUAUAUAUAUAUAUAUAUAUAUAUAUAUAUAUAUAUAUAUAUAUAUGCAGUGUAAAUAUAGUUACAAAAUAUCAAAAACAAUAAAAUGAUAAUUAAAAAAAUAGUUAAUAGUCACUGAAAAACAAAGAUUUGCCAGCAUAACACAGUGAUAAUAAAAAUUUUUUAAAUUGAAAUGAUAGAUUGCAGAAUAAUGGAUUAUGGUUACUAAAUAUUUAUAAUUUUUUUUUUUUCACUUUAUAAUUCCUAGAUUGUAUGGCUACUAUCUGUUUAUCUGUCUGUCUGUCUGUCUGCCUGUCUAAAUUCCUAAAUUGUAUGGCUCCUAUGAUCAUGGAGUGUAACCUCACUUCUUAGUAGUUAAUAUUAUCAUGAAAGUUGCUAUUGGUGCAUUAAAUGUCACUCCACAAGUCUAAACUGCAAAAAGUCAUUUUACUCUGACCUAGUUUCCUCUGCCAUUAAACCUUCACCAAGCUA